AUGUAUCGUUAUGUGACUGGAUUCUUGCGUGAAGUCGUGCAUUCUUUUCAAUUUCUGAAAGUGCGCUUUUCGCUAGAGUACUUGUCCUCUGUAAAACGGAAAACACUUUACAAAGACCUUGUCGACUGUUUGUUGCCAACACCGCGGUACAGAACUUUAUUCAAUGUCGGACCCGGACAGGACGUGCUAAGAAGGGUUAAAAAGAUGAACGUAAAACCGGGAACAAAAACUUUCUUCUUUAAACUUCAUUCUGGGACGCUCCCAGUAAAGCAAUGGUUAGCUGAUAAGGGACUCUACGUUCCAUGGACGACAAACUGCCUACUUUGUAAGACGCCCGAAACGGUAGAACACGUUUUUCUUUACUGCUGGGACGCCGUUAUCCAUUGGGACAUUCUGCAGCGCACAUUGAAAAAGGACCUACCCAUCACGAGUUAUGGCAUUCGUUUUCUGAGUGUGGACAAUGAAGACGGCGUCCCGUACGACAUGUUCAUGCUGAUAGCACUUCACAGCAUCUGGCAGACUAGAAUGGCGGUCCGCAAUGCCGACCUUCACGCUCGUCCUGUCAGGGAAAAUUUCAUUGUAAACAUGGAUUAA